AUGUCCGAAGACGCAGGUCCUCUCGCGUCCCUGUCUCUCACACACGUCUACUACGACCCUACCGACCCCGUCUCCCUCCUCUGCGCCUGGCUUGCCCUCGUCCCUCAAGCCCUCGUCAUUGUUUACGCCACCCUCUCCAUCUCCACCCGCGAAAUCGAGGUCCUCCUCACCUUUGCCGGCCAGCUCGCCUGUGAGGCCGCCAACUUCCUCCUCAAGCGCCUCAUCAAGGAGGCCCGUCCCACCCGCAUACCCACCGGCAAGGGCUACGGCAUGCCCUCCUCCCAUGCCCAAUUUGUCGCCUUUUGCUACCACACCUCGAAGCAGGUCCUCGUCGGCUCCGUUGCCGGCAUCGUCUGCGCCAUCGGCUGGUUCCUAGUCACCCUGGUCCUCCGCACCUCGGGCGUCCUCGACACCUUUUUAGCCUCGGACCUCGCCCGCGCAUUUUAUUUGAGGGAUCUAGUCGUCCACGAAGACCCCUGCUGGGCCGGCUGGCAGAGGUGGAAUAUCCAGGAACAGGGUCGUACUUCUGCCAAGACAGCCGCCUCAAAGCAGAAGCGCAAGUAA